AAAGACGCCUGGGAACCCUGGGGUCCCAAACAAGACCUCGCCUCCCUCGGCGUGAUAAACUCUGUUUUGGACAGAGAACCAGAGACGGAUUUUGUGGUGCUGAAUGGUGAUAUCAUCACGGGGGAGAAUGUUUAUCUCGACAACGGCACCCAGUAUAUCGACAAAAUCGCCGAGACUUUGGCAAGUAGAGAUAUUACGUGGGGGAGUACGUACGGGAAUCACGACUCGGACUGCAGGCUGUCGCCCACGGCGUUGUUUGAGCGGGAGAAGAGGUACAAAGGUAGUAGAACGGCGAGGAUGGUAAGGGGCAGAGAGGAGGGGGUGGGGGUGACGAAUUAUUAUUUGGAGGUGCAAGGGCUGGAUGCGAGGGUGGAGAUGGUGUUGUGGUUUUUUGAUAGCAGAGGUGGUUUUGUUUCCCAGGAGGAGGGAGGUGGGAAUAGGAGUAAGGGGAGGGAAAAUUGGGUUAGCAAGGAGGUGGUGAGGUGGUUUAGGGAGAUGAGCGGGAGGCUGAAGAGAGAGAAUGGGGGGAGGAGUUUGCCGGGGUUGGGGUUUGUGCAUAUCCCUACUGGGGCUUUUUGGGAGGCUCAGAAAAGGGGGAUAAACGGGAAGAAGCAGCCUGGAAUUAAUGGGGAUCAGCCGGUUAACCGACAAGGGGAGGGGUGGUGUGAAGAUGGGAUGGAGGGUUGCGAGUAUGGGGGGCAGGAUGGGGGGUUUAUGGAGGCGGUGAUGGAGGAGGGGUUGUUGGGGUUGUUUGUGGGGCACGAUCAUGGGGAUACAUGGUGUUCGGAUUAUGAAAAGGGGGGCAGGAGGGUUUAUUUGUGUUUUGGGCAGCAUACGGGUUAUGGGGGGUAUGGGAGUUGGAUUAGGGGAUCGAGGCAGGUGUGGGUUUCGAUUGAGGGGUUGAGAUUGCGGGAGAUGGAUACGUGGGUUAGGCUGGAGAGUGGGAAGGUGGUGGGGAGAGUGAGGUUGAAUGAGACUUUUGGGAGGGAUGAGUAUGAGGUGGUGGAGGAUGAGAGGACACAUUUGCCGGUUGAUGAGGAGAAUUAA